GUCAAAUCAAACAAACGAGUGGUGAAUGUAUGACUGCGUUUUGUGGGGUAAACAUUGCUAAUAAUAUUAAUUUUUAAUGUUUCCUGUCGAAUGAGCUUUACACUAAACCAAUUCGUAUUUUUAUUUGUAUAAAUUUGAUUUAGAAUGUCGUAUCAAUUAUAUAGAAACACUACAUUAGGCCACACUUUGCAGGAAAGUUUGGAUGAAUUAAUACAGUAUGGUCAAAUUACGCCCCAACUUGCUUGCAAAGUACUUUUGCAGUUUGAUAAAUCUAUAAAUCAGACUUUGGCUACAAGGGUGAAAGCUAGAUUAACAUUUAAAGCUGGUAAAUUGAAUACCUACAGGUUUUGUGAUAACGUUUGGACAUUUAUGUUGAACGAUGUAGAAUUCAGGGAAGUGCAAGAAAUAACCAAAAUUGACAAGGUGAAGAUUGUAGCCUGUGAUGGAAAAAAUGUCAAUGAAGAAGGCGGAUCCAAAAAGUAAAUAUAGAAAACAAAGUGAACUGUAUGACAUUGUAAAUAGACUGUUUUAUUAUUUAAUAAGCAUAUGUUCUCCUUAAUGCAAGUAAACAACAGAUACUCCCAAUCAACACUUGAAGAAUAUGACAAUUUAUAGUUGUAGGUGAUGUAGAAUGAAAUUGCAAAUAUGUAGAUAAUAUGACCUGUUGCUUAUUUGCAUUUUUAGAAAUUUUUGUAUUGUCACAAUGAUUUAUUUUAAGUAUGCAUAUGAAUAAAGUUAUCAUUUGACCAA